AUUGGCAGAUACAAAGCCCCUUUCCACCAGUUAAGGAUCUCAUAUGGUACCAAUAAGGGGAAGAAUUACACUGAGGAGGAGGAUCGCUUUCUCAUCUGUAUGCUCCACAAGCUGGGCUUUGAUAAAGAAAAUGUGUAUGAUGAGUUGAGACAGUGCAUCCGGAACUCGCCCCAGUUCCGAUUCGACUGGUUUCUCAAGUCCAGAACUGCCAUGGAGCUGCAGAGAAGAUGCAAUACUUUAAUUACCCUGAUUGAAAGAGAAAACAUGGAAUUGGAAGAAAAGGAAAAAGCAGAAAAGAAGAAACGUGGACCAAAACCCUCAUCGGCACAGAAGCGCAAGAUGGAUGGUACUGCUGAUGGUCGUGGAAGAAAAAAGAAGCUAAAGCUGUGAAUGGAGAGUUUUUGUAAUCACUAAAUUUAAAAAGUAGUUCUUUAAUUUACGGGUCUUCAUAAGAUGUACUGUAUAAUGCUCAACUAUUAUGUCAUUAAAGGACAUGGGGUUCAUCUGUUUACUGAACUAGAAACAUAGUACUUAAUGUAGGUUCACUUUUUUAAAUGCAACAGCUGUGCUGAAUUUUUUUUACCAUUAACACUUGAAGUAAUAAAUAGGCUUCAUUUAUUAAUAA